AUGGCGAAUUGCGAAGAACUCCCACAAGAGAUCCUAGAACUCAUCGCUCGAAGGCUAGUCAUAGAAGACUUUUUAGCCUUUCGAGGGGUGUGCACAUCAUGGCGGUCCGCUGCCGCCAAAGAGACGUACAACACCAAGUCGAAAGCCCCGUGGCUCAUGAAUUAUGUGGACAACCAAAGAGCCGAGUUCUGCAGCCCCCCUACAUGGAGAAUUUACCCGAUGCGGGUGCCAGGAUCUCAUGUCCGGACCUUCUCUGCACCAGGAUGGAUCCUCGCGUCACGGGGGGACAGGGAAUACCAUAUCUUCAAUCCGCUUUCGCGCGUCAGCAUCGAACUCCCUGCCUUGAAGAAGCUUCGCCGCAAGUCACGUCUCAGUGUGCAACUCAAUGGGCCGAAGAGGCUCAAAUGCCGCCAUCCCCGAAUCAACAGGAUCGCGUUGUCCUCAGGCCCUUCUUCAUCCAGGAGCUACAUAGUCAUGAUCCAUAUUCAUGAGAGUCUUGGACCACUAGGGUUUGCCUUCCACAGAUCAGAAGAAGAUGCAUGGAUGGCAGUGAGUCCAGCGAUGCAUCUGCGUCGGUCCACCGUCCUUCAACUGAUUUUUUACGAUGGGCUAUUUGUGGCCUUGGAUGCGGCUAAGCAAAUAAUGACCUUUAACGAGAGAAAGCGUCGCAUGGAAUCGCGACUAAUUCUAGGUCAGAACAUUUUCGAAGGUCAUCCGUAUCUCGUUGAAUGUUCAGGCUCAUUGAUGGCGGCAUGGACGAUAUGGGGCGAAGGGUAUGGACCCGUGAAAAGGAUCCGAGUUUUCAAAGUUGAUUUGGAGAAGGGAACUGAUGAAGAGGUCAAGAGCUUGGGGAACGCAUCUCUCUUCUUGAAUGGCAACUCUUCGUUCUCGGUGGAGUUCAACGCCGAGUCUUUCCUCCUCGGGAUCAAGCCAAACCAUGUCUAUUUCGUGGAUAACGUAGAUGAGAAGAAGAAGAGUUACAGCAGGGACAACGGUGAGGUUGGGACAUACCUCGUUGCAACUAGCUGUCACGAUUAUGCAGCCACAUGGUUCCAACCUGAUUUUACUACUUUCUUAUGA